AUGCCCGCGGCCCGGCCGCCCGCCGCGGGACUCGGCGGGACCUCGCUGCUCCUCGCCCUGCUCCUGGGCAGCCCCGCGGCAGCUCUGGCGGCAGAUGUGCCCCGGGAAGGAGAUGCUGGCCCUUCGGGUGCUUCCCUUCUGCCCUCAGGAGCGCUGGGGAGCAGCAGUCUGAGAAAAGAGAGCCUGGAAGAGAGAGUGACCACGGCCCCUCCGAAUCCGGCACAGUCAGGGGAAGAUCUUCGAGAGCCGAGGCUGGAAGGGGCAGCCCCCUCAGCUGCCCUGUCCACGCUGCUGCCCGAGGAGGCCACCACCAAGCGUGCCCUCCCAUCUGGGAAGAAGCUGCCCUCACUCAAGCAGGUGAACUCGGCCAGGAAACAGCUGCGGCCCAAAGCCACGGCCACGGCAGCCGUCCAGAGGGCGGCGUCCCUGCCUGCGUCCUCAGGCCUGGGGCUCCUCUCCUCUGCCACGGAGAAGCCUCACCCCCCAGGGGACCCCGAGCCCGCCGCCUCCGAGGAGCCCCUCUGGCUGGACCGGAAGGCAGGUGCAAUCCCCACAACACCCGCGCCCCUGCAGAUCUCCCCCUUCACCUCGCAGCCCUACGUGGCCCACACGCUCCCUCAGAGACCGGACCCCGGGGAGACUGCCACGCCUGAUGAUGCCCUCGACGCUUCCCCCGAGGAUGCCAGUCCUAUGACCUUGACUGACAAAGGCGAGAACGAACUGACCGGCUCAGCCUCAGAGGAGAGCCAGGAGACCACGACAUCCACCAUCAUCACCACCACAGUCAUCACGACUGAGCAGGCCCCAGCUCCCUGCAGCGUGAGCUUCUCCGAUCCUGAAGGGUACAUCGACUCCAAUGACUACCCACCACUGCCCCUCAACAGCUUCCUGGAGUGUACGUACAACGUGACGGUCUACACUGGCUACGGCGUGGAGCUCCAGGUGAAGAGCGUGAACCUGUCUGACGGCGAGCUGCUCUCCAUCCGCGGGGUGGAUGGUCCCACCCUGACUGUUCUGGCCAACCAGACUCUCCUAGUAGAGGGACAGGUUAUCCGAAGUCCCACCAACACCAUCUCGGUCUACUUCCGGACCUUCCAGGACGACGCCCUCGGGACCUUCCAGCUGCACUACCAGGCCUUCAUGCUGAGCUGCAAUUUUCCCCGCCGGCCCGACUAUGGGGAUGUCACAGUGAUGGACCUGCACUCGGGUGGGGUGGCCCACUUCCACUGCCACCUGGGUUAUGAGCUCCAGGGUGCCAAGACGCUGACUUGCAUUAAUGCCUCCAAGCCCCACUGGAGCAGCCAGGAGCCCAUCUGUUCAGCCCCUUGUGGAGGGGCUGUGCACAACGCCACCAUCGGCCGGGUCCUCUCCCCAAGUUACCCAGGAAACGCCAAUGGGAGCCAGUUCUGUGUGUGGACAAUCGAAGCUCCGGAGAGCCAGAAGCUGCACCUACAUUUUGAGAGGCUGUCACUGCAUGACAAGGACAGGAUGAUGGUCUACAGUGGCCUGAUCAAUAAGUCUGCUCUUCUCUAUGACUCCCUCCAAACCGAGAGCGUCCCCUUUGAGGGUCUGCUGAGCGAGGGCAACAGCAUCCGCAUUGAGUUCACUUCCAACCAGGCGCGGGCAGCCUCAGCCUUCAACAUCCGGUUCGAGGCCUUUGAGAAAGGCCACUGUUAUGAGCCCUACAUUCAGAAUGGGAAUUUCACCACAUCCGACCCAACCUAUAACAUCGGAACCAUAGUGGAGUUUACCUGUGAUCCCGGCCACUCUCUGGAGCAGGGUCCGGCCAUUAUCGAGUGCAUCAAUGUGCGGGACCCAUACUGGAAUGACACAGAGCCCCUGUGCAGAGCCAUGUGUGGUGGGGAGCUCUCUGCCGUGGCCGGGGUGGUGCUGUCCCCAAACUGGCCAGAGCCGUACGUGGAAGGUGAAGACUGUAUCUGGAAGAUUCACGUAGGGGAGGAAAAACGGAUCUUCUUAGAUAUCCAGUUCCUCAACCUGAGCAACAGCGACAUCCUGACUAUCUAUGAUGGUGACGAGGUCAUGCCUCACAUCUUGGGGCAAUACCUUGGGAACAGUGGCCCCCAGAAGCUGUACUCAUCCACGCCGGACCUGACCAUCCAGUUCCACUCAGACCCUGCUGGCCUCAUCUUUGGGAAGGGCCAAGGAUUUAUCAUGAACUACAUAGAGGUGUCACGGAAUGACUCCUGCUCAGACUUGCCAGAGAUCCAGAAUGGCUGGAAAACCACUUCUCAUACGGAGCUCGUGAGAGGAGCCAGAAUCACCUACCAGUGUGACCCCGGCUAUGAUAUAGUGGGGAGUGACACCCUCACCUGCCAGUGGGACCUCAGCUGGAGCAGCGACCCCCCAUUUUGUGAGAAAAUUAUGUACUGCACCGACCCUGGAGAAGUGGACCACUCAACCCGCUUAAUUUCGGAUCCCGUGCUGCUGGUGGGCACCACCAUCCAAUACACAUGCAAUCCCGGCUUUGUGCUGGAAGGCAGCUCUCUUCUGACCUGCUACAGCCGCGAGACUGGCACACCCAUCUGGACGUCACGCCUGCCCCACUGUGUUUCGGAGGAGUCCCUGGCAUGCGACAACCCCGGCUUACCUGAAAACGGGUACCAGAUCCUGUACAAGCGGCUCUACCUGCCAGGAGAGUCCCUCACCUUCAUGUGCUACGAAGGCUUUGAGCUCAUGGGCGAAGUGACCAUCCGAUGCAUCCUGGGACAGCCAUCCCACUGGAACGGGCCACUGCCCGUUUGUAAAGUUAAUCAAGACAGCUUUGAACACGCAUUAGAAGUAGCAGAAGCGGCAGCCGAGACAUCGCUGGAAGGAGGAAAUAUGGCACUGGCUAUCUUCAUCCCAGUCCUCAUCAUCUCCUUACUGCUGGGAGGAGCCUACAUUUAUAUCACCAGAUGUCGCUAUUACUCCAGCCUCCGCCUGCCUCUGAUGUACUCACACCCCUACAGCCAGAUCACCGUGGAAACCGAGUUUGACAACCCCAUUUAUGAGACAGGGGAAACCAGGGAGUAUGAAGUUUCCAUUUAAAGAGAGCUACGCUUGAGAGGGGAACUCACAGAUAGGAACUCAACUACAACCUCCUCGAGAAAUUCAUCCAGAGACCACGUGGCAUUUGAUUGAAACCCCAGAAUGUUGUCCGUCUUUUCUUUAGACUCUUUAUUGAAGAUUCACUGUUUUCUUUGCUGUAUUUAUUAUAUUUAAAAUCAAAAAUAGGUGUGGUUGGAGGUGUUGCAGCUGUGGCCAAAUCCGUGUGACCGUCUCAUUUCUAAAGGCAGGUGGAAGACCUGCAAAAUGGCCAACAUGGCAGCAAAGGGGAAAAAAAAACAAGAGCAACUGGGUUUCUCCAUCAGCCGUGCCAUGCUAUGGCUGCACCAAAUUGCACGCGUUUGGGAUCCAUGCCCAUGGUGCUUUUAGGACAAAUCCAAGCCCCAAGAUUAGGUUGGAAAGGGUAUUUCUUGAUGGAGUGACUUGGGUCGGACUUCAGUUUGAACAGGUCUGCUCCAAAACCAAACCCAGGUUUGCUCUUCCAAUGCUCUCAGCUUGUGGCAGGUCUUGCCCCAUCCCCUCCCUCCCUCCAGGAGCUUGCUCAUCUGCCACCCUGGCCUCGCUGGAUGCUGGCAGACUCACAAAAUGUUUCAGUGUAGAUGAGAGGUUGGAGAACUCAGAUGAAGUGCAGGGUGAGGGAAAACACCGAGUCAGGGGAUCAAGUUAAUAAAAUGUUCUUUCCUUUGACACGCCAUCAACAAUGAAAGGGGAGGUAAUUGAUGCUACAAGGGCCAGAAUUGAUCGCUCUGUUCAGCAAGGCCACCCUCAAGCUGUGACAGUAGAUCCUCACGGGGAGCUUCACCCGCGUAGUUACAAGGGUUGGUGUUGGGGUGGGGGUGCCGUGCCCUGAAAUCCAGAGAUGAGCUCGGUUUGUCUUCCUGGAGCACUGAAACACCUGAGCCCUCAAAAUAAGGGAGACUCACGUGCACCAUUUCUCUAAAAGGUGUCAGGAUAUUUUUGCGAUCAAGCAUUUCAGAAGGGAGGGUCCUAUGAGAAGAAACUGCUUUUCUGUCCUCUGAAGUUCUGUCCAGAUGUUGCACGUUGGCGUGCAUGCUGACCAUGGAAGGGCAGAGGAGUUGGGAACAGGUAGGUUUAAAGCCACUACACAGUCCUCGUCAUACAAUUCGAACCCCAGGGAGGACAGAAGGAGGAGUUUCAGGGCAGAAGGGAAGUCAUAAACCUCCUUAAUCCCAUGUGCAUCCUCAGAUUUUAUCAGGGUCCUUUCACUCCAGCCCAGAGGGACUGGUGAGUGUGUGGCUCUCAGGAACAUUCUUCUCUAAAUACAGGUAGAAAGAAAAGGCAGGGGUUGAGGAUACAUGGAAGGAAUAGCACACAUAAAGUAAAUUUGCCUCCCUGGGUCCGUCACCUCCCUAGUGAUGGCCGGUGACUCAGAGAAGGCAGUGUUAGUGCUUCUGGAUCCCACUUUGGCACUCUCCCAGGCUCUCUAGAAUUAUUUGACAUUGCCUGAUUUUCAAACAAGAAAAGACCUUUCUGGCAGCCAUGCCAUGGAGAGGAUGUCUGGGAGUCCGUAUUUUGGUAGCUUGUCUAGGCAGCUCUGGAGCAGGGUAGGGCAGUUGGCUUUGACACACACAGAGCCUCCCCCUGGCCAGAAGUUCAGACUUCAGUCUUGAGGGAUCUGAGCCCCAAUACUUCCUUCUGCCAGAAAAGAAUCCUACUUAUAUGAUCCUUAUGGCAUGCAUUCCUGAUGCACAGCAAGAGAUAAUUGAAGGCUGCUUUCCAGCCACCCAAAACCCACCCCAUUUUAUGCAAAACAAAACAAAACCAAAAAGAACCCAGAAGAGAAUCGUUCCAGACCAUUAAUAAGCAAAGUCAUGUUUAGAGAAGGUCCAACAAUUCAAAUAAUAUAACUUUUUUUUCAAAACAGAAUCCAGUCUGCUUUUAUUUCUAUUUGAUGCUUAUUCUAACCCUAACCCUGAGUCAUGUGGAAUGAAGAACUCUAUUAAUGAUGUUUAAUUUUAGAACAUGCUAUGGUUACGUGCAGACUAAACAUUUGCCUUUCGUCAAAACUGAAAAAAUAUGAAAUCUUUAUUCUAACCCUAUUCCCUAAAAGUGGCCAGGCCACAGCCCAAGAAUCCUUAUUGGCUGUUGGAGGGAUAGAAAAGGCAUUUUGUUUUGGGGUUUGUUUGGUUUUGUUUUUUUUUCUUUUUUUCUUUUUUUUAAGAUUCCAAUGUCUUUGUUUUGUCUUAGUAGUACAGCACCUAUAACAUGUUUUAAAAGUUUAUUUUCGCCUAAAGAUGGAUCGUGUGAGCUUGGCAAUGUACAGUGUGAUUGAAAAGACAGAUUGGUGUCUGUUUUUCUUUUUAGGAUAUCUGAAUGUGUAUUUGUAAUAUGUAAAGGUAAAAACAUGAUAAUAGUGCCAAAAAACAUACCGGGCAUCUCAUUUCAGCUCAUACGUGUCUGUUUUUAUAAGAUCAAUGUUAAAACCCAUUGGGAUUAAAUAUUUUUGAACAGGAUACAAUCUUGAGCAACUCGAGAACCCAACUGAACCUUCCUACAAGCCACUCUUUGUUUUUAAAACAGUGGGGAAAUACGUUUACAGAGAUUUCGAGCUUCAAAGAAUGCAUGUGAUGGUGUGUAUUACAUGCUAAUUCAUAUAAGCUGUAUCUGUCAGCUACCGCUCUGUGCUUUAAAAAUGCACACUCUCGAUCCUCUUCAGCUUGGAGCUCAUCUUUUUGCUUUUUUGGAGGGGGUAGGGAGGAGUAGAAUUAUUUAGCCAACAUAAGUAUUCUGGUCGCAACUUGAAGACCAUCCUUACUUAGUUCCAUAGACAUGCUUUAAAUAUGAUCUUUUGAAGCCAGCUCCCUGGAAAGCCUACGGAACCUCAGGCUGAUAGCUUUGGAAACUGUGAAACUGCCUGGCAGGAAGCAAAGUGGCUACAAGAUUAGGACGGUUGUAUAAGUGGAAGUGACUUGGCAAAUACAGGGGUAGAUUUAGGCUGAGCAUGAGCCUUGGGCUAAAAAAUGACCUUUCUUUGGGGUAAAUCCAAAGGGUAUGACUUUCCUAUGCCCUUGCGAAGUCAUGGAGGGGAGCGUCAUUCCAGGUCAGAUAUUAUGGAGUUGUCUAGCAUCCGCAAAGGUAGGCUUUCUUCUGGGACAUUUUCAUUUUCAUUUUAUGCCCAAACAGAAUAAAAAGCAAAACAAACUUUCUAAGCUAGAAUAAUGGAGUUAAGUCAUUUUCCACUUUGUAUAUAUUGAUGCUAAUAAAACAAAUG